UUCAUAACCCUCUAAGUUCCAAUAUUUAAUAUAUCCACCUUUUGGGGAGACCACCGGAGAUAUGUACGGACGGAGUGAUUCUUACGAAUCCGAUUUGGCGCUUCUGGAUUCGAUUCGCCGCCACUUGCUGGGAGAGUCCGAAUUGAUAUUCGGAGCCCCGAAUUUCGGUUCGGGUCGGAGCUCCAGUUUCAGCAGCUUGGACUCGUGUUUGAGUGAUGAUUGGGGAGAGCUUCCGUUUAAGGAGGACGAUUCAGAAGAUAUGGUGUUGUACGGCGUUCUCCGUGACGCAGUUAAUGUGGGGUGGGUCCCAUCCCUCGAUGCCGGCUCGCCCGAGAGCGUCUCGUCGGGUUUUCCGGCGGUGAAGCUGGAGCCUGAUGUCAUGCCGGCGUUGAUUAAUCCGUGUCCGCCUCCGGCGCCGGCGGUGGAGGAGAAGAAGGUUGUUCCGCCGAAGGGGAAGCACUACCGCGGCGUGCGGCAGCGGCCGUGGGGAAAGUUCGCGGCGGAGAUCCGGGACCCGGCGAAGAACGGGGCUAGGGUUUGGCUGGGGACGUUUGAGACGGCGGAGGACGCGGCGUUGGCGUACGACCGCGCCGCCUACCGGAUGCGAGGGUCGAGGGCGCUGCUGAAUUUUCCGUUGAGGGUUAACUCCGGCGAGCCAGAUCCGGUGAGGGUGACGUCGAAGCGGUCGUCGUCGCCGGAAAGUAUGGCGGCGGCGGCGCCGAAGAGAAAGAAAGUUAUGGUGGUGGGGACGGUGCAAGAGCAAGUGGGGAGUCAAGUGGUGGAGUGUACACGUGGCGAACAGUUAUUGGUUAGCUGAGAGAGAUUCUAAAAUUGGUAUUGUGUUUAUUAAAUACAAAAAAUACAAUACUCUUUUGUAAUUAUGUGAGGUGCGUGUGUAGUCCUAUACCCAUCAUCCAACUCAAUCUUGCAACAGAGAAAAAAAAAAGGUGAAAGAUGAGACAGGUGAUUUUAGUAUAUCAAAUUUCAAAUGGUGAGUGGUGAACCCACCACGGGAAGAAAAAAAUUAAAAGAUGAUGAUGAGUGAUGACAGAGGUGAGGAUAUGUAAUUUAGCUUUGUGAAUACUACCAAAUUUGUUUGUUCAACAUUAUGAAUUAUGAAUGGGUUAAAUGUGACAAAUGAGUUGAGACCUUAA